CUCUAUAUUUAUAUAUAUUGUCUCUCCUCUCCUCAUGUUAGUUACAAAUUCCUUUUCUUUUCAUUUAAAUUAAGGUAGUGGAAUAACCAAGAAGAAGAAAGAGAUAGAAAAGAAAAGCAAGAGAGAGAAAAAAAAACAUAACAUAGAGGAUGAUGAUGAACAACACAUCCUCUGUUUUCAAUCCUAGUUUUUGAUUCAAACAUUUUUUCACAUGCCCAUCAUUUUCCAACAAUCUUCAUCUUCAUAUGAUUUUUGGGUUCGAGUUUUGAUUGAUGCUGGGAAGAUCCGAUGCUAUUAGAUCGAAUUUGACAAAACCCAUUUCGUUUCUGAUCGAAGUAACAACUGGGUUCUGUCUCAAUUUUAAGAUAAGAUGGAAUCGGAUCUUGGUAAGCUCUUCAUUGGAGGAAUAUCUUGGGACACUGACGAGGAACGUCUCAAAGAGUAUUUUGUGAAAUAUGGGGAGGUGAUAGAGGCUGUGAUCAUGAGAGAUCGCGCAACAGGCCGUGCUCGUGGUUUUGGUUUCAUUGUCUUUGCUGAUCCUGCUGUUGCUGAGAGAGUUAUUAUGGAUAAGCAUAUCAUCGAUGGCCGCACAGUUGAGGCGAAGAAAGCUGUUCCUAGGGAUGAUCAGCAGAAUGUAAACAGACAGACUGGUAGUGCACAUGCAUCUCCCGGUGCUGGACGUACAAAGAAGAUUUUCGUUGGAGGCUUACCAUCAACUAUCACUGAAAGUGAUUUCAAGAUGUAUUUUGAUCAGUUCGGUACAAUUACUGAUGUUGUAGUUAUGUAUGAUCACAAUACACAAAGGCCAAGAGGUUUUGGCUUCAUCACAUAUGAUUCGGAAGAAGCCGUGGAUAGAGUUCUUUAUAAAACAUUCCAUGAACUCAAUGGAAAGAUGGUUGAAGUCAAGAGGGCAGUUCCGAAAGAACUUUCGCCUGGUCCCACCCGAAGCCCGUUGAUAGGAUAUAACUAUAGUUUGAAUAGUAGGGCCAGUAACUACCUAAACAAUUAUGGUCAAGGUUAUAGUAUGAGUCCAAUAGGAGGAUAUGGAGUCAGAAUGGAUGGUAGGUUUAGUCCACUUACUGGUGGUAGAUCCGGAUUUACCCCUUUCGGCAGCACCAAUUAUGGAAUGGGGAUGAACUUGGAUUCAGGAUUGAGCCCGAGUUUCGGAGGGAACUCUAAUUUCGGGAACAAUUUAGGGUAUGGUCGGAUAUUUAGUCCUUUUUAUAGCGGCAACUCGAGCAGAUAUGCUACUCCUAUAGGCUAUAAUGGGGGUAAUGGGAGAGGUGAUUCUCUAAUGAACUCGGCUUCUAGGAAUGUUUGGGGAAAUGGGGGUCUGAGUAAUGCCAAUAAUCCCGUCAGCCCUGGUGCUUUCUUGGGAUCUGGAAGUGGAGCAUUUGGUGUUUCAAUUGGAAAUAGCGGCACAAACUGGGGCCCAACGAUGCCGGCUCAGGGUGGAGGGGCUGCUUCUGGCUAUGCUACCGGUAAUAAUGUUUAUGAAGGUGGAGAUAGCGGCUUUGGUUUAGGUGGAGCAGCAGGGUAUGGAAGAAACAACAAUGCAGUUGUGAAUCCAUCCUCUGCAUUUAAUGCCUCGGCUGGUGGUUAUGAAGGAUCCUAUGGGGACUUAUACCGCAGUGGCAGCGGUUCUGUUUACAAUGACUCUGCUUGGAGAUCUGCUGCUUCUGAGAUAGAUGGUUCUGGCUCGUUUGGUUAUGGUCUUGGUGGUAUUGCAUCGGAUGAUGCAGUGAAGACUUCUGAGGGUUACAUCGGAAGCUACAAUGUUGCAAGUAGACAACCUAAUAGAGGUAUCGCUGCUUAGGAGAUAUGUAAUUGAAUAUGUCAUGGUAGCAGUAGAUCAAGGGAAACCGGUUACAAGUAAUGAGGUAUUGUGAAUUCAUGCAUCUCAAUCACUUAGAGAGAGAUAUAAACUCACAAGAAAAAUUUGUCAUAUAUAGCUAACGGUGUUCUUUCAUUUGAAGUAUACAUAUUCAAAAAAAAAAAGCAGUUACAAGUUAUUUCGUGUAAGGCGUGGUUUUCUUCCUUUUUUUCGGUCGUCUUUUUCAUUUUUCAAGACUUAGGUUUCUUACAUGGAAGUUGAUUGAGGUGUAUAAUCAGAUCGCGGGAUAUACUAAGGAAGAUUUAUUCCAUGAUAGUGUAAUAGUACAUCUCUCUCGCGGCGAGGCGUGUUUGCGUCGUUGUUUUAGUUUGUUUGAUGAUUUAGAGUAAUUGUUAAUUUUUCGAAUUUCUUGUUUUUUAUUUUUCAUUAGCCAAAAAUGUAAUGCCUAGCCAAGGUGAUUUGUUUUUGUCACCUUAUUUUAUAUUUCAUGAUGAUAUAUGUAACUUUGGUCAAAAAUUGUAAGUCAGGUUCAGUUUGAUUUAUUUAUCAUUAAGUGUGAAACAUGAGUGGGAUUCCUAUAUAAGGUCCCCAUCAAAUAAUCAAGUUUCUGAACAGUUUUAUUUAUUUAUUUA